CAGUGGCUUCUGACAACCGUACCCUCGUUAAAACUGUUUAAUAAACUUUAAGCGGCUGUGUCUCCUCCAUCGUUCGAAUAAAUCAAAAGUUUUGGUACAAGACAGUUAACUACUGCAAAUCGUACACUUUAUACCAGAAGCCCCCUAAUACGUCCAUAGCCAGAUUACUUUAACACUAUUGUGUACUCUCUUUCCUACACCUCCCAAUAUCUUCCCGCGGCACCACGUUUCGAACCCUGUUUCUACAACUACAGAAAACAAAUAUUAUAGAAUUAGACAAUGGACUAUUUAUGCUGUGCCCACCACGAGUAUCGAAACCCGAUUUUUAUAGCUAUAAGCCCCCAGACUUAUGACUGAGCCAUUUGGGGGAUAUACAGCUCUGAUGGAAUGUCUUUCUCUUCAAGACCCUAAAGAUGUCUGAUGGAGGUGCGUGAAGAAGAACCAGAAAUCUGACCAUGACUGUCCACAGUGGUUCUGGUUAUGCUGGUCAAGAGCAUGUGAACGACGGGUUCCAUGUGCGCUACCUCGGAAGUGUCCAUUUUCCGAACCAAACAAAAAAAGUUAACAUUAAGAGCUUACAGAGACCCUUACUUGACCUAUACACUAAGGCCAGAAGGAGAGGUGAGGACCACCGUGGUGUCCAUUCUUUAGCUUUGACACAGCAUCUCCACCUCUCCGAUUAUGGCCUGGUGGUGGCCGAGAACGAGGAGAACGUGAAGACGAGGUGCCAGGAAGCCGUGGUCAUAAAAGUAAUCACUCCAGUGGCCGGACUUAUCCUUUGGACCGCAGUCCGGUUCCACACUAGAAUAUUAAAGAGAAGAAAGCCUGGAGCUGCCUUUGUUCCCUUAGCUUGUUCAGAUACUGUGUUUGAAAAAGAUUGUUACGUCCAACUUACAGAGAAACGUCGAUUUCUGAUGGGUUUAACGCAUCCUCCGCUCUUUGCUUGCCUUUUUCGUCGUGUGGGGUCGCCACAGUUUGUGGAGUGCCACGCUUUUGUGUGUUUCAACAUUGAAGACGCCAUGAUAAUCUGUUCCUCGUUGGAUAGUAUUAAAAAUACGUGUGAAGGAACCGGUCCAUUAGGUCUUCUUCUGGAAGAUGGAAGCACUAAUCCGACUUUGGAUACGUCACGAAAAUGUUCUAACAAACUAAACGUUGUCGUUCCCGAACUAUCAUUCAUCAGCCAUUCUAGAGAAGACAACGAUAAAAAGGCGGAUCACAUGAACAAUCGGACAAAUACAACAGCUUUUAAAAGGUAUCGUGAAAACAAAGCAAGAGGGAUUCCUGAUUCCAACAUCAAAUAUGGUCCCCAAGGAGGAAGAGUAGUUUCCAUUGCUCGUCAUCAUGGAAGAAGGGAAUAUGAAGAAGAAUACAAUAGGAGUAAGUCUUGUGAAAGGUUAGAAAAUAUCAAUGCAUUUAAGGCUCAGAAUAAGAGAAGCAAAUCGUGUGGUAGAUUAGUUGACGGCCAUUUUCCAUCAGUAUAUCGAAGGAAGGAACCCUUCUCCAACAGUGUUUACAGAAACUCCUCAACCUCUUUAUCAGACCAAGAAAGAAGUUGCGAUGACACGAAUGUGGUCAAGAGGGGAAAUCACUUUACCAGAUCUAAAUCUGUCAGUAAAAUCUGCCAAAUCAACGACAGUUCCUCAUCUGAAAAUACCAGAAAUAUUCCUAAAACCAACAUUCGUGACAGAAACAUAACUAAAAUGAAACGUUUCCAUUCAUGUAAUAAAUUAGAGAAUGGUUUCUCGUCAUCACCAAAUUCAUCUGAAAUACAUUACUUUAAACCCGAGACUCAAGUAAACACAGGACAUUUUAAUAUUAAUUCUUCUACUUCGCGAUACAGUAAUAACGAUAUCCCUGUUUAUUACAACAACCAUGGACUACCUGAACACGCUAGAAAGGAGGUGGGUUCUAAACAAGAUGCCGAGGACAUAUCUAUGCAAAUAAAAGCUAAGAAAACUGCAAACUUGGAUGUAUCUCUUCUACCUGAAGAGGAACGAAAGUACAUUUGGCAAACGAUACAACAGCGCACUGCUUUUCACAGAAGAAACCUUAAAAAUAGCUCACCAGAGAAAUACAGUAACAAACUAUCUUAUCCUUCCCAAGAAGGUACCGUGCAGGAGAUUUCAAUGAAAACUGUAGACAGUAAGAAAAACUCGGUAACACCUGCCCAAAAAACAAAUGUGGAGAACGAAGUUGAUUCCCAGUAUUCGACUGACACUACGGUAGAGGGUUAUAGGUUGGAUCACCGACACAGAAGUUAUGGAGACAGGAAAACUGGCAUGGAUUCGAGACUGGAGAGGUUCACUAGUAGCGAUGGCAGCGAUUACUACAGCCAUCUCUCGGACGAGAGGGAAUGUCCCAAAGAGAGAUCUUGCAAAAUAAAUGGCAUUCAAAUACCAAUUAAUAAAACAAGAGAUAAUUCUGAUUCGCAAAAUAUGUAUGAUCCAAGAGCUUCUAUGCAAGAUGAACGUUUUGAUGAGAGUCAGAUAAGGAUACCGUGUAAGGAAGAAAUGGAACUGUCUAAGACAAUGAGUUUUAGCAGUGAAAGUGAGUAUUCUUAUUCUAGUGCCGAGAGUAACAACAAAGAACAAGUAAAUGAAGUCUUGAUAAAUGGUAGACUAAUCACAGGUCAUGGAGAAUACCAUGUAAACCCUCAGUGGGAGCACGGGAAAGAAGAUAGUGAACUACAGAAUCGUCAUUCGGAGCAACAUUUAUAUGUAAGACAGAGCGCGGUUGAGAAGACUAAACACAAAACACCAGGAAAUAAAAAUUGGCCCAACUUAAACAGUGGCGAGAAUAGAAAACUUACGAUAAAGGUGCCUUAUCAGAGAAAUUCCUUGAUUGAACGAAACGAUUUGAUGCCAAACGGAAAAACAUAUUUUUUACCGCACGGGGUCCGUUCGUACAACAAAUUUAACAAAGUAAAAAACUGGUCCACUCUAAGUGAGGUGUCCAAUUCUACCAAUCAGGACACUGCAAUUUAUGGGGGGGUGACAACAUUGCCGAUCACUAGGACGUCCAAACGCCACCACAAGUCCAUACGCUUUUCAUCUGAUGUCAAUCUUCAGAGAAGGUCCAAUUUUCUUAAGAACCUAAAGAGAUUUAGUGUAAACUCCUUCAAUCGUGCCAAGAAUAAAUUAAACAGCUUGAAAUCUAAAGUGAAAAAUCACAAAAGUAAACAAGACUCGGACCUCUCAGAGGACUCUGCUUAUGAUACGUCAGAGGUAUGUCACAAUCCUCAAGGGAACAGAGUCAUCGAAACAAGGAAAAAGCAGAAGGGUCAGCGCUCCCUGAGUUACCAAGACCUGAGUCCUUCCAACUCGCCAUUUAAGUACUCCUUAAAACUUCAGAAAGAUUGUGAACGUAGAAAACCAACCUUAAGAAGUUCCUCCCCUCAUAAUAUCACAUAUAAGGACAAAAGAAUAAAGACGCACCCAAAAACACGUCAUGGUGUUAAAUGUGAGGGGUCUUCUGAUUCCGGCGUGGAAGAAAAUAGUUCAGAUUCUUCAGAGGGUGUCAUCCAUUAUUCAACCACUUUGCAUCCAGAAUUGAAACCAGAAGUGGCCUUAGUUAAUGGGGUGAACGAGGGGAAGUUUCGUCAUUGGUCUUACACGAGCCUGCAAGAUGAACUUGGUUACAUGCCUUAAAUAAGUGGCUUAAUCCUUUUAGUCUGUUUGUAGUCUUGCUGGCAAUCAACUGUGACAGAAAUAGUGUUAAUCACGCGGUUUUUUCAACACAGAUUUACUCACAUGUUGAGUUGGUUUAUUGUUGAUAUUUGGUUUUUGUAAAACAACAGGACACCCUUUUUUUUGUAGUAUAGGAGGAGAAACCCCACAUUUAGAAAUAUGACAGUUUUUGCUUGUCGUUAGACCUAGAAAUGAAAUUCUCGAAACAUUUUCUUUUUGACUUCCGUAAGUAUGACUUAAAGUUAAUUAUUUUAAGUAUUCAUCUUCAGAAAUUCAUUAAAAUAAACAAAAAAGCAUUUAGAAAACUGACUUCUGAAAGAUGUGCUUCUCUGAUGCACAGAAUUAAGACGUAUACACCAUGUUUAAUUUACGCAACUUUGUGUUAUCCUUAGACAAGUGUAAUAACAUAACAUUUGUGUAAUGUGUAUUGAUUAUUUUAUGUUUUCACGAGACACUAUUUCGUACUUGACUGUAAAUUAAUGUUUCUUAGAUUCUAAAUCACUUAAAACAAUGAAAAUGAAAUUUUGAGUCAAACGCUCGUGCGAAUUUCUUUUUUUUGGAGGGGGGAGAAUAUAAUGUUUUCAGGCCUAUAAUUAGUUGUUAGUAUUAAUAAUUCGUAUUAUUUUUAUCAGCCAAUAUUUCACUUUAUGCAUUUGAAAAUCGUAACACGUGUGAAUUCACGUAUACUAGUAUAAUAUAAUAACAGUUUGGGAGAGGUUAACAAAGUUGUAUUGUUAGAUAUUGUAAUGUAAUGUAGUGCGUUUUUGUUUUGAGCUUAUAUAUAUAUAUUGUUAUAAUAUUUUUAGUUGUGACUUGAAUUUUUUAUAGUCUUGAAAUUUAAGAAUAACAUCUACCUAUUAUUUCUGGAUAUUAAUUUUAAAAACAUACUUCUAACCAAGGUUUCAUAUCUUUCUCGUAUUAA